CAGUUGUCGGGCACUUGUAGACACGGUGGGCCGACAUGACCAAGGUGUAUAGCUGCCAAACCAACGGUGGCAAAGACUCGGGGCGCGCCUCGCAGGACGUCGACGCCGCUCCUCCGCCGCGUCGCUUUCACUCAGCGUACCACCGCGUGUCAGUCCUACUCAAUCUCGCCUUGACGAUGAGUCUUGUGAGCACGCCUUUGAUGGCGUACGCGACGGAGCCCUUUCCAUGGACGAUCCCGGCACGGGACAACUUUACCUGGACGUCGUUCGAUACGUACACGGCCGUGGCGACGUCGAUGCUGCAAGCGUUGUACAACAACCACACGAUGGGUCCAGGUGUGGUGUGUAUGCGGAGCGUUGACUCCAACUCGCACGCCGUGCGCUACUCCCUCACGUUCCCACCGUCCCACGAGCUCGUGGACCACCCGUUCGACGCGUUUCGCGCGCUCGUGUCGUUUCCAGGAUCGCUCUUUUACGGCGCGGGUCUCCGUGCGUUUGUCUAUGACUUUUUGGCUGCAAACGACUCGAUGCGAUCGAUGGGCGCGACGUGGCAGCGCUGCCACCACGUCCGGCUGCUUGGCCAGGCCGUCGGGGAAGCGUGCACAUGGAUCGAGCCGCCGUCGACACAGGCGGCGCAAUUCACCGUGUACCACGGCGUCGUCAUUCUCGAAACAGACGUGUGGAGUUGGGUCAAGCUGUCGUAUCGGUCGCUUCUCGCGUGCUACAUCCUGCGGAUCCUCUGGCACCAGUAUUACCGCCACGUGACCGCCCUCCACACGCAGCUGCAGGUCGUCGGGCUGGACGACUGGCCCGAGUGCGCUUCGUUUCACGUUGUGGUCGGCGACCCCACCGGCCUCGUCGUGUCGGAUCCUGUUGUCGCGUUGGUCAUGGUCAUCGACAUUUUGUCAGCCCCACGUACUUGUCGAUGGCCGCUGUUCGCGUCGGCCAGUUCAACGACGUGUUGGUGUUUGUUCUCGGGUGCAUUUACUCGUCCCGCAACGUGUGGUGUGGGUUCUUGACGAUGCAGCUGCUAACAGUGGCCAUCAAGCGGUCGGGCAAAGAAGCCAAGUUCCGCCCGGUUCAUCCCGAUCUGUUGAUCGUGGCUGCCUACUGCUACGGUGGCCCUGUCGUCGCCUUGUGCGCGACAACCCCCGUCAUGGCGCUGUUCCACCUUGUCUGGGGAUUGUUCGUCCCGUCGGAAGAGGCGCACGAAGUGAUUGAAUGCAUCACGGGAAAUAGUUCGCUAUGGCCAUUGCGUACGUGGCACUCACGGGGCCUUGCUUCCGCAGGGUUGGUGGCAGUGUCCACGAUGCUGGCGUCGUUGCCAAUCAUGUACUCGGUGUCGUACGUCCACCUUCGUCGAACGAUGGAAAGGGCUAGAAACGCCUUCUCCGUGACAAAGUCCAAACCUGUGACAGCGGCGGGCCCCGCCGGCAAC